GACGAUGAUGAGGACAUGGGUGAACCGGCUGAUGAAGAGCCACAGAGAGAACUUGCGCGUACGCGUGGAAGAGAGGCAUCGCGCAGAAAGCAUUCACGCGAUUCGCACGGCUCCACUUGGGAGGGCGGCAGUAUUCAGCAAAUCGCAGACGCGGCGGCAUCAGUUCUCGCAGGUCCUUCAGCUGGCUCACCUUCGGCACUCGAUCAUCAUCACGGGCAGCGCGCACAUUCGUUACCCCGCGGGUUGCAGCAAAGUGAAGUGCUAGAACGCUACGCUCAUGGACAUCUUCCUCGUCCUGCAAGUCAUGGGCAGUUCAUGGCAUCGUCACACACGGGAUUCGACCUUCCGCCAUUGAACGCUGCAUUGGCCGCCGGUCGUGAUUUUAGUGGUGCCCCGUCAAGUUACAUCAGGUCGGGAUCCAACGCACCAAGCAGAACGCAUUCGCCCCUCAAUCCGGGUGUAGCUGCUGCAAAUGCGGCUUACGUGUUACCACCACCCCAUGGGCACCAUUAUUAUGGUCAGGCGGGAGUUCAUGGACAUUCUCCACCUCCCCCGCAUAUGCUGGCUCAGUCGCACGAAGGCCUGAAUGGCGUCCUGGCGUCGAGUGUCCCGUCAGUUAGCGAGCUGAGACAGCACUAUAUCGAACUUCACGAACAGCGGAAAAGAUUGGAGGAGAUGAUUGAAAAGACGGAUCGAUUGAUGCUGGGAGUCAAGCGUGGAAUUGAUGAUAUGCUUGGUGCACCACAACCGCACCAGCAACACCAGCAACACCAACACCAACAACAGCAGAACCCGCCUCCUCCUUCAUCGUCUCCUCAGCAGCAACAGACUCAGCAGCCAUCGCAGAGCGGGAUAGUUGCUGGUGCCAUACCACUGAUGCGUGCGGGUGAUCGUGACCGGAAUAGGGAGCCCGUAUGGCCUAUCGUGGAUUCCUCUGCUCCCAGGGAGUGAGGUAGCAAUGGUUGCUAUCUUGCCUGGCUACUCAACUCUCGAAUCAUACUUGGGAAGCAUUUUAUCGCUCCUUAGCCUUGUUCGUCUUAUUAUUUUCUCCUAUCUAUCCAGAAACCCCACUCCCAACAUCUUAUACCUGGUAUUUUCUAAAACGAACUCGUGGAUAAUCCUCUCUCUAUAUUCUUAUAUGGAUCAUAUUUUAUUUGUCGGCCUGCGUAGAUAUUUUAUUUUGUUGCGGGGGCAAAACAAAACAACCCAGCGACCGGCGUUUUGUAUAUAUCACUUUUCUAGUGUUCACUUUUGUCGAUUCUGCUUUGUUGAGCUAUUCAUGUUUGUCUCUUACUUUAUGUUUCCGAUUUCACCCCUGUUCAUGUUUAGUGCAUUCAUCUGAUGCCUUUAUUCAUCCAGUAGGCCGUAUCUUCAUGUUUCGUAUAUAAUAUCUAUGUACAUAGGCCAAUAGUAGUGUGGAGCACUGAUCAUUUAUUCCGGUCGUUGUUCUCUAAUAUGAUAGAUUUGUUUAUAGCUUUUGGCUAUUU